UGUUGAAUCAGAUAACCUUUUUCUUUAGGUGCAGUUCUAAAACAAUCACAAGAACAAAGAGAAUCAUGGGGGUAUGUAACAGUCAGAAGCAAUGCAAGCAUGUUUUGGUGGCUCUACUAUGCAAACAACCCUACCAAAAAUUUCACGGAAUUACCUCUCAUUAUGUGGCUUCAGGGAGGUCCAGGAGCUUCAGGCUGUGGAUUUGGGAACUUUGAAGAAAUUGGUCCCUUGGAUGCAAAACUGAAACCAAGAAAUACAACCUGGCUGCAGGCAGCCAGUUUACUGUUUGUUGAUAAUCCUGUGGGCACUGGAUUCAGUUACACAAAUGAUAGUAAUGCAUUUGCAAAAGAUCUGGCAACUGUAUCUUCUGAUAUGCUGGUUUUUCUUAAAGAAUUCUUUGGGACAAAGGAAGAAUUCAAGACUAUUCCAUUCUAUAUCUUCUCGGAAUCUUAUGGAGGAAAAAUGGCAGCUGGUAUUGCUUUAGAGCUGUAUAAGGCAAUUCACACUGGGAACAUAGAAUGCAAUUUUGGUGGAGCUGCUCUGGGAGAUUCAUGGAUUUCUCCUUUAGAUUCUGUGCUUUCCUGGGGGCCUUACCUUUACAGCACAUCUCUUCUUGAUGAUCAAGGUCUAGUGGAGGUGACUGCCGCUGCCAAAAAAGUCAUGGAUGCACUGAAUAAAAAGCAAUACACACUAGCCACUGAGCUUUGGAGUCAAACUGAGGAAGUAAUUGAACAGAAUACGGACAAUGUAAAUUUCUAUAACAUCCUCACUAAGAAGUCUCCAGAUCUCAAAGCCUCGAAACAUAAAAACAUCCUUCUUGUUAAUCUUUACCGGAACCACGUCCAACGUCUGCAUACAGACAGCUUAAGUGACCUGAUGAAUGGACCCAUUCGAAAGAAGCUGAGAAUCAUCCCUGACUCUGUUAAGUGGGGAGGUCAGUCAGAAGACGUCUUCUUACACAUGGCUGGAGACUUCAUGAAGCCUGUUAUUGAUCUCGUGGAUGCGCUGCUGGAUGCCAGUAUCAAUGUUACCGUCUAUAACGGGCAGCUGGAUCUCAUUGUGGACACCAUGGGCCAGGAGGCAUGGGUUCGGAAACUGAAAUGGCCUAAACUGAAGCAGUUCAGCCAACAGAGGUGGAAGGCUCUAUAUGUAUCUCCAGAAUCCACUGAGACAGCUGCUUUCUAUAAGUCCUAUGAGAACUUGGCUUUCUACUGGAUUCUCAAGGCUGGGCACAUGGUAAUAGCUGAUCAAGGGGACAUGGCGUUGAAAAUGGUCAGGAUGGUGACACAACAAAAACACUGGUGACAUGGAUGCCAGCUGGUAUGGUUUUCAUGUAAAACUCCAGUGCAUUAGCAGAACUUGUGCCACAGGCUGAACUUCAGAAGAAACAAUCACUGUUUGGAAAGUGCAAGGCCUCUGAGGUUGUUCUUAAAUGAAAUGUUGCCCUUGAAUUUGGAAACUGUGAUUCUCUGCCUCAGUGCUGCUCACAUUGACUUUUCCUGUGGGAACUUCACUGUGAUAAAAGUGUGCAGCUGCUUCCUUUAGACAAAUGCCCUUUGUUUAUGCACCAGUGUUAAGAAGAGUUUGCUGCUUUAAAAAUUCAGCUUCAGGCAGCAAACCUGCUUCCAUAAGCGAUGGAUGCUUUUUUCCUAAAUGGAUGACUUGGCAUCUGAGUUAGACAGCAUUGCCUGCACCCUAGAUGCUGCAGAGUGGUUGGGCUAUGCUUUCAUUUGACCAGAUCCAGUUUGGACUGAGGUGUGUGUUCAUACUGAACCACUCUCUUCUAUUCUUCAUCAUCGUUGUGCAUUAUCCAAAAAAAAAAAAAAAAGUUAAUGCACUCAGUGCCCCACAAACAUCUGUCAGUAAAAUCUUCCUUUUCCCAUUAUUCAAACAAGAAGGCCAUGGAUACUUACUAUAGUGUGAGUAAAAUGACCCAAUGGUUUCUCUCCAUGGAAUAAAUCCAAGUUCUAAUGGAUAAGAGUUUCUGUGCUCCUGGGCUCACUCCAGAAUCUGAAAAGAGGAAGGUUAUUUGAGCAAUAAGGAAGAGGCAUAAAUCAGAACAAAUUACCCCAUCCAUAUUUUGCUAGUUUUGGAUUAACUCUUGCAGUGAGCUAUUGGCUUUGCAGUUUGAAGUGGAGAUUCUUUGUUUUCACUUGAACUGGGAUAAACAUAAUUACAAAUGAAGUUGUACAGCUGCAACCUCCUUAAAAAAAUUGCCCCCUUUUUAUUGACACUCUUGCAAGAAGCACAGCAACUUGUUCCAGUUGCCAGAAUCCUAAAUAAGUAGCAAACAGUCCUUUGCCUCUCCACAUCUGAAACUUCAGAGCAUUAGCUUGCAGCGAUGGCGAUGUAAGUCUGUGUAAACACAUGUGCAAGAAUUCUGCUGGUACAGCAUCAAUAAACCAUCUCUCUCCUCUUAUA